AUGAGAUCUUCGACGGCUGUGGCCGCUGUGGCAGCCUUGACCGCACCCCUAGUUUCCGCCAUCCACCUGGCUCCUCGAUCCUCCAACCCUCGGGUUAUCAGUCUCCCCAUUGAAAGAAGAAACAUCCCAGAUAUUCUUGCUCAUGAGCAAUCUCGACUCAGAAAACGACAAGGGACGGUAGAACAGACAUUGGACAACGAAGAGAGUCUUUAUUAUGCGAACCUCAGUCUGGGAACCCCCGAACAAAGCCUCCGGUUACAUAUCGACACGGGCAGUUCAGAUCUGUGGGUGAACACCCCCGAUUCAUCCUUCUGUUCUUCCGCCACCAAUCCAUGCGAAGGUGGCACGUACGAUCCUUCGGCUUCUUCCACCUACAAAUUCGUCAACGACGAAUUCAAUAUCUCUUAUGUCGACGGCUCCGGUGCCAUCGGUGACUAUGUCACAGACACUCUGCACUUUGGCGGCCACACUUUGAACGACUUCCAAUUCGGCAUCGGUGAGACUUCGUCCUCUCAACAAGGGGUCCUGGGCAUUGGCUAUGCCUCCAACGAGGUCCAAGUCAACCGUGCCGGACUCGAUCCCUAUCCCAACCUUCCCGAAGCGCUUGUCAACGCAAGCUUGAUUGCUUCCAACGCCUACAGUUUGUGGUUGAACGAUUUGGACGCAUCUACCGGUGAAAUCCUGUUCGGUGGUGUCAACACUGAAAAAUACGAAGGCGACCUGGCCACCAUGCCCAUUAUCCAAACUUAUGGCGGAUACUACGAAUUGGUUGUGGCUUUGACCGGCAUGACCGUGGCGGGAACCGACCUGUCAUCCUCCAGCUCACUUCCAGCCGGUGUCCUUCUCGACUCGGGCUCUACCUUGUCCUAUCUCCCCGACGACAUCACUCAGGAAAUCUACAACCAAGUGCAAGCCGUGUACCAGCCCGACGUGGGCGCCGCUUACGCCGAAUGCAGUCUCGCAUCAUCAGAUGCGACUCUCGAUUUCGAUUUCUCUGGCCAGACCAUCAGCGUGCCAUACAAUGAGCUCUUCCUCAAUGCCGGUACCAAUAACUUUGGCCAACCACUCACCUUCACCAAUGGCGAGGAGGCUUGCCUUUUCGGCAUUGCUCCCACCCUAGGCGGAACUGCUCUCCUAGGUGACACAUUCCUGCGCUCUGCCUACGUCGUCUACGAUCUCGCCAACAAUGAGAUCUCUCUUGCCCAGACCGUCUUCAACUCGACCUCCGACAACAUCCAAGAAAUCACCACCGGCACGGAUUCCGUUCCCAACGCCAGCCCGGUAGCCAACCCGGUCACCGACGUCGCCGGAGCCACAGGCGGUGCGAGACUCGGAGCCGGAGCUGCAACCGCAACAGUCACAGGAUUCUCGGACCCAACAGACACAGCAAAUGCCGCAUCUCUCGGCAAGAGCAUUCCCUUCGGAUCAUCGAUGGGCGCCGUCUUCGCAGUGGCAGUGGCCGUAUUGGCUCUAUGA